AUGUGUUGCCGAAGACGCCGCGCAGCCCGCCAAGCCUGGCUCGAACAACGCGCCCUCGCAGGCUGUCCCCGCGGCUGCGGUGGCCCCCGCCACUUCGGCCCCGGCCCCGGGGGCCCACCAUUCCGCCCGCCUUGGGCAUCAGGCGGCGGCGGUCCCGCCUUUGGCAGAUGGCGCGCCAUCCCACAAGACAACGUCCCCCAAGACCCCUUCCGAGAUCCUCCCGCCGCUCCUCGCAACGACCCAGCGACUAGAGACCCAGAAAAGGGCGCCGUUGAGAUGAACGUCAAGGAUAUGGAGAAGAGCACGCCUGCCCCAGCCCCCGCCCCCGCGCCUGCUCCGGCUCAAAUUACAGAGGGUGAUUCGAAGAGGGUGUCGUUCAUGUCUGGCCCGUUUUCGCGGUGGAGGGAGUCCGUGAGGAGCGGCAGUGGUGAGGUGAGGAGGUCGUCUUCGAAUGCGACGUUGCCGCCUAGGUAUACCUCUGGCGUCACCGAGGCGCCGCCGUACUGGAACGGUGAGCAGGCGGGGAAUAGACGGUCCUUGCCGCCGAAUUAUGACGUGGCGAUUAAGAACUGA